AUGCGGUGGGAAGAACAACAAGGCAAGAAGCCCAAUUGCUCCCACAGUCAGAAAGCUUUUCACAUUGAGCCAACUCAGAGGCCAUUCUCUAUCACUGAGAUGGUGGCAUGGACCCUCCCCUCCGUCUCUGCAGAGGAUAUCCCCAGGGAGACUCCUUCACAACCUAGGAGCAUCAUCCCUCGGCACUCACGCAUCAGUUUAGAUGACCUGUGGCUGGAGAAGAUGCAGAGGAGGAGGUUGAAGAAGCAGGUCCAGGUUGAAAGGAAGAUGCACCCAGAGAUAGCACAUAAAGAUGGAGUCCAAUGUUGGAGGAAGAUGACUGUGACCUCUCCAGAGUCUUUGAGUCUCGCUACAAGAAACCAUCCAUUCUCCCAGAGUGCCCCAACAGGACUGAACUGCAUGGGCUGGCCAGAGUACCUACCAGACACUGCUAUCCCUGAUGGAGUUCUGGACCCGGCCAUCCGUGCUGACGAGGCAGGGAGUGAGGAGGACCUGUAUGAGGACCUGCACAGCUCCAGCCACCACUACAGCCACCCUGGAGGGGGUGGUGAGCAGCUGGCCAUCAAUGAGCUCAUCAGUGAUGGCAGUGUGGUCUGUGCUGAAGCACUCUGGGACCAUGUCACCAUGGAUGACCAGGAACUGGGCUUCAAAGCUGGGGAUGUCAUCGAAGUAAUGGAUGCCACCAACAGAGAGUGGUGGUGGGGUCGUGUUGCUGAUGGCGAGGGGUGGUUUCCAGCCAGCUUCGUGCGGCUACGGGUGAACCAGGACGAGCCCGCUGACGAUGACACAUUGCGGGCCGGGGACGGCGGGGCCGAGGAUGGAAGUGCCGAGGCACAGAGCAGCAAGGACCAGAUGCGGACCAACGUCAUCAACGAGAUCCUCAGCACUGAGCGGGACUACAUCAAGCAUCUGCGGGACAUCUGCGAGGGCUACAUCAGGCAGUGUCGCAAGCGUGCUGACAUGUUCAGUGAGGAACAGCUGCGCACCAUCUUUGGGAACAUCGAGGACAUCUACCGGUGCCAGAAGGCGUUCGUGAAGGCGCUAGAGCAGAGGUUCAACAGGGAGCGCCCCCACCUGAGCGAGCUGGGCGCCUGCUUCCUGGAGCACCAAGCAGACUUCCAGAUCUACUCGGAGUACUGCAACAACCACCCCAAUGCCUGUGUGGAGCUCUCCAGGCUUACCAAGCUCAGCAAGUAUGUGUACUUCUUUGAGGCCUGCCGGUUACUGCAGAAGAUGAUAGAUAUCUCCCUGGACGGCUUUCUGCUGACACCGGUACAGAAGAUCUGCAAGUACCCUCUGCAGCUGGCUGAGCUGCUCAAGUACACACCCCCCCAGCACAGGGACUUCAAGGAUGUGGAGGCAGCCUUACAUGCCAUGAAGAAUGUGGCCCAGCUCAUCAACGAACGGAAACGGAGGCUUGAAAACAUUGACAAGAUUGCUCAGUGGCAGAGCUCCAUAGAGGAUUGGGAGGGGGAAGAUCUCCUGGUCAGGAGUUCGGAACUCAUCUACUCGGGGGAGCUGACCCGUGUUACACAACCACAAGCCAAGAGCCAGCAGAGGAUGUUUUUCCUCUUUGACCACCAGCUCAUCUACUGCAAGAAGGACCUUCUCCGCCGGGAUGUGCUGUACUAUAAGGGCCGAGUGGACAUGGAUGGCCUGGAGGUGGUGGACCUGGAGGACGGGAAAGAUCGAGACCUCCACGUGAGUGUCAAGAAUGCUUUCCGUCUGCUCUGCGGCACCACGGGAGAGAGUCACCUGCUGUGUGCCAGGAAGCCUGAGCAAAAACAACGCUGGCUCAAGGCCUUCGCCAGGGAGAGGGAGCAGGUGCGGCUGGACCAGGAGACAGGCUUUUCCAUCACCGAGCUGCAGAGGAAGCAGGCCAUGCUGAAUGCCAGCAAGCAGCAGGCCACCGGGAAGCCCAAAGCCCUCAGCCGGCCCUACUACCUGGCACGCCAGAAGCACCCGGCACUGCCGGCCAGCCUGCCCCAGCAACAGGUCUUGGUACUGGCAGAGCCCAAGCGGAAGCCAUCCACCUUCUGGCACAGCAUUAGCCGGCUGGCACCGUUCCGCAAGUGA